GGCACCUGGCCUCGACUCCACGUGCCUCACGAGCGCGUAACUGUACCCUCGAGGUGAACCCACCGAGAGCUCCGCAAUGGCCUCUCCCGCCGCGGUAUUUUCGAUCCUGUUCGCGGUUUUAUUUGCGGUGACAUCAGCUGAUUAUGCAUGUAGUUUCCACUCAACCAGCAGCGGUGAAAACAAGCUCACUGUUAUUUGUGCUUACCCGGUUCAGUGGAAUGUUAGGUUCUGUUGUGGGACCUGCGAUGACCGAUACUGCUGCUCUGAUCCGCAGAAAAAAUUAAGCAAAGAAGCACAAAAGAACUGUUUUUCGAAAAUCUUUGAAAAUCUUAUUAAACCUCCACCUAAAAGCGACGACGAUGUGACGACCAUUGCUAUCAUUGCGACCAUAGUAGGGUUGAUAGUCUUCUCCGUCCUGUUCCUCGUCUGUUGGGUCUGUCCCUGCUGCAUUCUCUAUAAGAAGUGUCGAAACCCAACACCUAUGAUGGGAACACAUUUCCUUCCGCAGCAGAUUGUCAUUAAUGGAGGUCUGUACCCACCAUUCCAACCGCUGCCGAAUAACCUGGAGUACGGCACCCAACCCGUGCCAACUGGACCAUUUCAGGGACAGCCAUGUGUGCCAAGACCCCCACCACCUUAUCAGUAUCAGGAGGCUGCAGGAUAUCCAGUUCCUAACACUCAGCCUCCAUACAUCAGCGAUCAGCAUCCCGUAUAUCCACCAGCUCCAUCGGGUGUUGCUCAAAACCAGGUCCCCACAGACUACACCCCACCACCAGCCUUCAAUCCUGUUUACGUAGAAUCAUCAAAGACCAGUUACUAAAUCACAACCUUAUGUUACGAAAUUCUUAAUUGAGAGAUUGUGAUGCGAUGUGAAUUGCGCAGUUGUGUUUAGAAUUAAGAUGUUAUUGUUCAGUAUUAUAGUUGCAUUGAACUAGCGUUUAUAGCUUUCCUGUGGCUCAGUGGUUAGAGCAUGGCACUCGCAAUGCCAAGGUUUGCAUCCUCUGUUCUGAGAGUCAAUGUUUCACAAGUGUGUAUUGUUUUUUUUCUCGGAUAUACACGUUUAAAUAAAAAAAUUCAGGUUAAGUUGGUUGUCCCGGGUUUCAUGCAAGCAGUUUCUUGAAUGCGAAGGGAAGCUGAUUAAUCCUAUAGCUGCUCUACUGUAUUACAUCAUACUGACACCCACCUCAUUAAUAUUCAUGAGCAGCACUUCUGUAGAAUUUGACAACCUUGUAUAUAUCAUCAGAAGAUAGAAAUGUGUUAGUGUAGAAGCUGUGAAAUGGCCUCCAGAGUUCUGCUUCAUCUGUUCUUGACUGGGGUUUUAUUCCAUGUGACAACUGGUAAGCGAAAAUAAAAA